AUGAUAGCUAUGUUACUACCUUGGAUGACUUUGCCUUAUCUAUACCCGCCGUCAACAAGUAAACAAUUAGGUGUAUACCCGGAGAACACCUCGCUGAAAGAUAAGUUGCCAGUGUUUUUUCACAGUGAUUUGAAAUUCGAAAUACCAAUAUCGGUACACUAUAAUAAUGAAUAUUUCACAUUACCAGAUUUGAUUGAGUCUACUCAGAUCCAGAUCGACAAUGAAUUGAAUCAAAUGAUUAAUAGCUAUGAAAGCAGACUGAGCUUAAAGAUCUAUCUAGUUGAUUGUAUCAACAAAGACUGCAAAGAAAAUGAAACUGAAUAUCAAUUGGAUUUAAUAUUAAGUCGUGAUAAUUCUCUCGGUGUUUCAUCAGACGCAUUAAAAGCCGUUGUUUUUUACUCAUUAGAUUCUAUCCAUUCAAACGACUUGCCCUUUUUGAUUACGCAAACUGUUUUACAUCAUUUUGUUCACGGCGAUAUUGAAUUAUUGAGUAGAAAAUUGGGUGAGGACAAAGUUAAAAAUGAACUAUAUUUUAAGCUUAAAUUCAUAGGUCCAUCUUUCGAAUCAAAUAAUAACGAGCAAGAUCCACCUAUAAUAUACAAUGUGAUGAACAUCAUUAACGAGUUUUCAAAGCUGAUUGGCCCCAUUACCAAUAUGAUAUAUGAUCUUGAUCGAUCGAAUCUGAGUUUGGCGGGUAUGGAAUAUGAUGACUUUGAUGAAGCUGCCACCGAGGAUAAGAUUAUAAUAACGUUUCCAAAUAAAAUGAGCAAGGUUCUCAAAAUCAACGAGAAUAAUGAUUUCGAAAUGACAAUUCAUAAAUUGUUCUCCAUAGUCGAAAAACAAGUCGGUCUUCCAUCGAGACCAAAUAACAAUUUCGUUAUUAGAUAUUAUGCUUGUUUGAGAUGGAAGAUUAGAGAUGCAGUGUACCAAAUUGAGAGGAAAAUUAACCAGAUGGAGAACCAGGAUGUUGAGCUUGCCCAAAAAGAAGAGCUUACCAAGAACUUGAAACUGAUCCUUGAUUCGAUCAAGCAAGAUCGUAGGACUCUUGCGUUAGAGGAGCAUUUGAGAAGAUGUAAAAGUUUGUUAUAUAGCAUUACUUAA